CAAGUCCUUCUUAGAUUAACUUGGCGGCUGCAUUUAUUGUCACUGUACAAUGGCGAGAAACCUCUUGGCAACAUGCUUAAUGUUGGUAACUACAUGGGCUGCAGUGGCUAGUGGUGCUCGCACAACUCAUGUAUCACCAGCUCCUGCUCCAUCGUCAAAAACGGAUUGCUCCAGUAUCAUUUAUAACAUGGCGGAUUGUAUACCAUUUUUGAGUAAAGGGAGUAAAGAUACGAAGCCAGACUCUUCUUGUUGCACUGGAUUUAAAUCGGUGCUGAAAGUAAAUGCUGAUUGCAUUUGUGAAGCGCUUAAGAGUAGUGCUUCUUUGGGCAUUGAUUUGAAUAUGACUAAGGCCUUCACUCUCCCUUCAGCCUGUGGGGUGUCUUCUCCUUCCAUUAGUAAAUGUGGCGUUCCUUCCCCUCCUGGUGGAGCUCCAGUUAAACCUCCGUCAAUACCAAAGCCGUCACCAGUACCACCAAAGAAGACUCCAACACCAGCACCCUCAGAACCCUCAGGCCAAACUCCGGCACCAGCGCCGUCAGCACAUAGUGGAAGCUAUAGCACUUUUGCUUCAUUCAAAGUUAUUAUUAUCAGUGCAGUUGUUGCUUUCUUCUUCUGA